AUGGCUGAUUGGGGACCAGUUGUAAUAGCUGUUGUUCUGUUUGUGCUAUUGAGCCCUGGGCUACUGUUCCAACUACCAGGGAACAACCGAGCAAUUCAAUUUGCCAAUUUUCAGACAAGUGGACUCUCCAUUUUGAUACAUACAAUUCUCUUCUUUGGCCUUAUUACCAUCUUCCUUAUUGCCAUUGGUGUCCAUAUUUACACCGGCUAGCUACAAUUUUCUGCUCACUUAGGUUCUCUAGUUUACCUUCUUUCAAUUUAGCAUUUGUGAUUCAGUCUUUUCAAUUCUUUGUUUUCCUAUAUAUUGAUUAGCCUUGUUCUGGGUCUGUCUUCAGCUGGUACUUUACAUGUCGCCAGUUCUUCAUAUGCAAUUUUAAGUGUUCUGUUUUUCUCGGA